GACGUAAACAAAUCCGUUUUUGCGCUGUAAUUACCCAAAGAAAUGUUGCAGAUAAUGAAAUCGGAGGACAGAAGGGAAGGAUGUUUUCCACAAUAAGAGACAAACUGUUGAAUGUCACAAAAACUGUACCUUUAUUCAGUAGCAAUAGUGAUAAGAGUCAAGUGCAAUGUGCGGUAAAUUUGAAUGCGGGUAGCGAUAUUUUAACACGUUAUCAGAACGAAUGGGAAGUGAUACACAGCACUAAUGAGGAGAACGCGAAAAAGGCGGAAGAAGCCGCCGAUUUGAUUGCCAAAGUGACCACGAAGAUUCAGAGGGAUAAGGAGAGUCUGGGGGUGAUGACCCACUUGUUGUCUAAUUCUAACUUAAUGCUGAACAUUAGUAACUGUACAAAGCAGAUUGAGCAACUGUAUCGCGGGUUUAGUGAGGUCGAAGAGGGGCUGCUGCAGCUGGAGGAUUUGAUAGAUACGGUGGAGUUCGAGAGUAUGAAGAAGCAGCACCGGUACCACUUGCAGCAGUACAAGGCGAGGAAAGAAGAGUCACUAAAAACUUUCGAAACUUCACUCCAACAAAAGCAUGAUAGAACCGUCGCGGACUUGGAGGAUAAAAAAAAGAAAGAGCUUGAAGAGCGCCAGAAAGUUUUUCACGAAGCCUUUAAAAACGACCUCGAGAUUUUCAAAAAUUUCGGAACAAUACCUAAACUAGAUCUUCCAAAGAAGCAGCCAAGUGCCUUACUAGAAGAAAUUCAAGUUGACUACGACGAAAAAGAGUUGGACCAAUUUUUUGAAGACAAUGAAUGAAUGUUUAUAUUUGUAAUGUAUUUUAUUAUUUGUUGAAUAAUACAAAGCAGGGUUUUUGAUUUUU